AUGCUGAUGGACGAAGAUUCCGCGAAGCUCGAAGAGGAGGCGAAUAGGCGGAAGCGCGCAGAGCAGCAUCAGAGGGAGGCUGAUGUCAGGCUGACGUGGCUCAAGGAGGAACGGAGAUGCGGAGAGGACGGAAGCGAGUAUCUGGAAGGGGAAGGGGACGAGGAUGGGGACGAGGAUGGAAAUGAAGGAGAAAAGGAGGAGGAGGAGGAUGGUGAGGUGGAAAAGGAGAAAAGGGAAGAGGAGGUGACGGAGGAUGGCGAAAAAGCGGACGGGGCAGGGGGGGAGGACGAAAUGAAGAGGGAGGAGUGUAGGGAAGGGGAGGAAGGGGAGGAGGGGGAGGAGGGGGAGGAGGGGGAGGAGGGGGAGGAGGGGGAGGAGGGGGAGGAGGGGGAGGAGGGGGGAGAGGGGGAGGUGAGUGUGGUGGAAGCGCUGCGGGAGGAGGUGGAGAUGGAGCGGAUACUGCGCGCAUUGGCGGAAGAUGGCAUGAAGUCUGUGGUGAAUCCUUUUCCACACUCUCGUCUCCCCCCUUUCCCACACUCUCGUCUCCCCCCUUUCCCACACUCUCGUCUCCCCCCUUUCCCACACUCUCGUCUCCCUCCUUUCCCACACUCUCGUCUCCCCCCUUUCCCACACUCUCGUCUCCCCCCUUUCCCACACUCUCGUCUCCCCCCUUUCCCACACUCUCGUCUCCCCCCUUUCCCACACUCUCGUCUCCCCCCUUUCCCACACUCUCGUCUCCCCCCUUUCCCACACUCUCUCGCCUUCCCCCCUCUCCCACCCUCUCUCCGACCACAGGCGGUGGAGCAGCAGAUGGAGAGGCUAAGGGACGAGGUCAGCAGGUACAAGGGGCAGCACCAGCGAGACACGGAGACGGUCAGUCGCCUCUGCCUUCCCUCCCCUUGCGACUUUCAGCCGGCUCUGCCUACACUGUCGGUGUGUAUCGCUCCCCUACAAUGGGCUAAGGGAGGUGGUCAGCAGGUGUUUCAGCUGCAGUCGUCGCAGCGGCAAGCGCUUACUUUUGAGGCGCCUCAAAAGUCGUCGCAGCGGCAAGCGCUGCAGGAGGUGUACUGCAGUCAUCGGAGUGACAAGCGCUGCAGAAGGUGCAGGAGGAGCGCGAGCAGCGCGAUCGCCUCUUGUGCUCCUCUCCCUCCCUUCUUCCUCUGCUCCUCUCUUACACCACUGUUGCCCACUCAUCCCCCCCCUCUCCCCCUCUCCUCGUUUCCCUUCUCCCUCUUCCCCUCAACCCAGGUGUUUCAGCUGCAGUCAUCGGAGUGGCAAGCGCUGCAGGAGGUGCAGGAGGAGCGCGAGCAGCGGAGGGAGUUAGAGACUUCCUUAAUCUACCUCCACCACACGCUCCUGGAAUUGCUACCGCCAGACCUCCUAACCGACCCGCCUGUCUUCCACACCUACUCCCACCCGCCUAUUAUCCCACCGGACCUGCUCUCGAACCUCUCAGAAACUCCGUCGCAGCUUCUCACAUCGGACGGCCAUGCAGACCCUUGUGACCGCCAUAUGAUUCCUCCCGACCUCCUCUCAAAUCUCUCUGAAACGCCAUCGCAGCUUCUCACAUCGGGCGUCCUCGCAGACUGCUCCGAACCUUUUGAGACGUCUCACCAGCUGCCAGAUCUGUCGGAAGCACCGUCACUGGUUUUUCCAUCGGACAGUCACGCAGGCCCGUCUGUCCCUUUUGAGACGUCUCAGGAGCCGUUGGAUCUGCCGGAAACGCCGUCACCACAAGCCCUCCCAACGGCCGUUUACAGUGAACCUUCUGAGCCGCCGGCCUUGCAUGACGCUCCAUGCCCUUCUGAUCCUUAUGCUCCUCAGCCUCUUCAGCGGGCAGAUGAGCAGAACAGCGCGAGUGCUACAAGCGAAGGCUAUACAGACGAGGGGUCUAGUGUCGAGGCUCCUGCUUCUGCUCUACCUACUGCUGCACCGCCUCUCACCUCUCAGUCAACCACAGCUGUUGCUAUCGCUACUGCUGUGGCGCCUCAUGACUCUCUCAUCCCCAACUCGUCGGCCCCACCUGCUGCUUCUUCUUCUUCUGCUUCUGCUGCUGCUGCUUCUUCUGCUGCUGCUGCUUCUUCUGCUGCUAAUGGCUGCUCUCCCCGCCAUGCCACCACGCCGCCUACCCAGCAGGCCUGCCACCACUACCCCCCACCUUGCCUGCCCUGCCUACCUCUCAAGGCUCUUCUCCUCUCCCGCUUCCUCCACCAGCCCUCCCCCCUCCCACCUGCUGCUGCGCCUUCUUCUGUUGUGAGGAGGGGGGAACGUGCAGGGGAAGGGGAAGGGGAAGGGGAGGAGGUGCAUUGGGUGAGAGAGGGUUGGUUGAAAUGGAAGGUUGGUGGGGAGAGGGCAGGAGACGGGGUCGAAAGGAUGGGACGGGGGAUUGGGAGGAGAAGUGGAGUGAGGACGGUAGGAGAAGUGGGGCAAAGGGUGGAAGACGGGGAAGAAGAGGUGGCAAAUGGGAUGAAGCACUGGAGGAGCAGUGGAGCAAGUAUGGGAGGGUUUGGCAGGAGCGAGCAGCAGAGGAUGCGAUGUGGGCGGUGUGAAGCCCUGGAGGGGGCAGGAGCAGGGGGGGUGAGAGGGGGAGGGGCAGGGGGAGGAGGAGAGGUGGAUGAGAGUGAGAAGUCUGCGAUGCAGAGUGAUGCUUCUAUGCGUGUGUUGGGGAACGGUGCCAUCCCGCAACCUGCCCUUCCCAGGUCUACCUCCCCCAAAUCUACCCUCCCCGAGUCUGCCCUUUCCGAAUCUCCCCUCCCCGAAUCCUCCGUUCCUGAAUCUGCUGUCGCCCCGUCACUGUCCCCGCUGGUGCCUGUGCUGCUGCUGGCUCGUGUGGCAUGCCCGUGCUGCCAGCUGGAAGGGCUGCAGUGGUUGUGCGAGGGUUGUGGGGCCAAGGGUGAAGGAGGUGAGAGGGGAGGAGUCAGGGGAGGUGAGAGGGGAGGAUUCAGGGGAGGAGAGCAACAAGGGGAUUCACAGGAAGGGGGGUAG